AUGUCGGGCGGCGAUCUAAAGUUAUUUCGAGCUGCUGAGGUCGCCCAACACAACUCUGCAGAAAGUUGCUGGAUCAUCUUGGAUGAAAAGAUCUAUGAUGUCUCCAAGUUUGUCCUCGAACAUCCUGGUGGAGAGGAAGUUAUAUUAAACUUGGCUGGGCAGGACUGUACGAACGAAUUCAAUGAUGUUGGUCAUUCAUCUGAUGCCCGAGCGAUGGCUGAGGAUUACCUGAUUGGAAAAUUGCAUCCAGAAGACUCUAACAACUCCAAGGAACCUGUAGCAACGUUGAAUGAAAAGAAAGAGAGCCUUAGACAAAUCCUUUCCAGUCCAACAUGGACCAACUUCCUGAUUCCUUUGGCCAUUUCUGUGGUCGUUUACACAACAUUCAAAGUGUCUCAACGAGUAUUCUCCAACUAUUAA